AUGCCUUUCUUUCUAUCUCUUCUUCAUUUUCUUCUUUUCUUUCUCUACAUAUUGCUCUUUCUUCAUUCAUACGCCUCUGUUCUGACUAUUUUCUUUUUUCUCUUUCACGUUCCAAUAUUCCCAUUCAAAGAAAAGAUUUUCUCUUUUUCUUUUUUCUUGAUUUGCUCUUCUUUCCUCUUCUUCCUCUCUCUUUACUAUUUAAUAUGUUCACUAACCUUUUCUCUUUCUUUUUUAAGGAUACUCUUUCUUUCCCCGUUUUCCAUUUCUCUUCCUCCUCUCUCUUUACUAUUUUAUAUCUUCUUUCAACUUUACUCUUUCUCUUUUUAUGAGGCACUUUCUUUAUCUAUUUCUCUUUUCUUCUUCUUUUUCCCUCUCUCUCUCUUUACUAUUUUCUAUCUUCUCUCACCUUUUCUCUUUCUUUUCAUUUUUCUCUUCAUUCACUUUAUUAUUUUCUGCUUCUUUUUCCUCUUUUUUCAUUCACUUUAUUUUUUUUCUUCUACGUAUUUCCCCUUUUUCAUUUAUGUUCUUUUAUUUUAUCUUUCAUUUUAUGUUUUCCUCCUUCGUUCAUUUUUUUUUUCUUUCGUUUUUUUUAUUUCAUCAUUCUUUUAUAUUUUUUUCUCUUUCCUUAUAUCAUUUUCUUUAAUUCUCUUGUUUGUUCAUUUUUUUAAAAACCGCUUUUCUCUUUCUUUGUUCAAUUUAUUCAUUUCUUUUUCUCUUUCUUUAUCCACUUCAUUCUUUUUUUCUCAUUUACAUUUCUUCAUUCUCUUUAUAAUUUCUUCUUCUCUUUUAUCAUCCUUCAUUCACCUUCUUCUUUUUUUCUUUCUUUCUUUCGUGAAUAUCUUUUAUUAUCAUUCUAAAUUCAUCCAUUUCUCUUUCUUUAUGCCCUGUAAUCUUUUCUUAUUCUCCUUUCUCUUUCUUAGAUAUUUUUUGAUUCUUUUCUUUUUCUCUUUUUCUUCUUCGUCAUUCACUUUAUUUUUCUCUUUUCUUCAUUCUUUUAAAUCUAUUUUUGCUUUUUACUUUCUUCACCCACUUCGUUGUUUGCGUCUCCUUUUUUUUCUCUUUUUUUCAUUCAAUUUGUUAUUUGUUUUCUUUCAUUCACAUUCACUUUGCUUUCAUAAAUUUAUUCUUCUCAACCUUUACUUCAUCUUUGUUUUUUUUUUUUCUUCUUCUCUCACUUUCGUUUUUCUUUCAUUUUCCCUUUCUUCCCGUCGCGGUGAUUCUCAAUCGUCUUUCAAUAUAGUAUUUUUCAUUCUUCAAUUUAGCAUCCUUUUUUCUCUUUUUUCAUUCCACGGUCAAUUAACACUUUUCUUCUUUCUCACCUUAUUCACUUCCUACAUCUCCCUUAUUCAUUUAUUUUAUAUAUUUACUUCGGAAUAUUUUUUGUUUUCAGCUUUCUUUCACUGUUCAAUCAUUUUUUUUCUUUCUUUCACUUAUUCUUUUUCAAUCUUUUUUUCUUUUUCUUUUCUUUUUUUCUUUUCUUAUUUCUUUUCUUUUUCUUUUUCUUUUUCUUUUCUUUUUUUCUUUUUCCUUCUCAUUUUUUUUCUUUUUCACCCUUUUUUUUCUUUUCAAUCAUUUUUCUUUUACUUUUCAAUCAAUUUUCGUUUUCCGCUUUCUUUCACUUUUCAAUCUUUUCAUUGUCUGCGUUCUUUCUUUUCUAUUUACAAAUUCUUUAUUUCCUUUUCAACUUCCGGUUUCUAUUUUUCACUAACCUGUCAUUCUUUUCCUCCUCCUCCUCCUCCUCCUCCUCCUCCUCCUCCUCCUACUACUACUACUACUACUAUUAACUUUUCUCUUUCUCUUUUAAUAAUAGUCUUUCUUUCUAUAACACAUGCCAUCCCUUUUUUUUUCUCCUCGUCACUUUUCCCUUCCCUCUUUUUCCUUUUAUUUAUUGCUUUCUUCAUUUUCUCUUUCUCUUCCUACGAUAGUUUUUCUCUUCACUAUCUUUUCUACACUCUUUUUUUCUUCAUCAUUUCUUUUCACAUUCCUCUUUAUUCUUCCCACUUACUUUCCUUCUUCUUACUUUUCUCUUUAUUCUUUUAUGUUUCUUUUUCGUCCCUUCUCUUUGUUUGUUUCUUUCCUUUCUUCCCUUCAAUCGUUCUUUCCUUCUUUCAGUCAAAUCUUUUUUGUUCUUCUUCCCAACAUUUCUUUCAUUUCUUUUUUUUUUCAAUUAAGUCAUUCAUUUCUUGUUUAGUUCUUCCUCCAUUCCUCCAUUCCUCCUUUUUGUCAUUCUGUUUUCUUUUCUUAUUUUUCACUCCGCCCCUCUUCUUUCGAUUAUUUUUAUACUUACCUUCUUUUCAUAUUCUUUUUUUUUUCCUCUUAUUCUCUUCCUGUUUUUCCGAAUUUAUUGUCUACAUUCUCACUUUCCUCUUUUAUUUUUCUCUCCAUAAUUUCCUUUUUUGA